UCCCGCCUCCGUCGCGCCGCCGAAGAAAGCGAAGGCGCCCGUCCCCCGCCGGCCGCAGCCUCCUCCUCCGACGACGAACCAGGCGACUCCUCCUCCUCCGACGAUGACGAACCAGCCGCCGCCUCCGUCCGGCAACCGCGCGGGCGCACAUACGGUGCAUGAUGAAAUGCCCGAGAGGUAAAAAAAACACUACUUUUCGUCCAAAUUGUAGUUUAGAUGCAUACCUAGCCGGGAAGUGAUGAAUUUCAUUGCAAUGUAGAGUCGAUGAUGCGACAUUCAUGGAGACAAUGAAUGUUGGAUCCUCGUUCAUGCAUGAUGAAGCCGCCGAUGGAGAGGAGGAAUAUGAGGAUGUAGAUGAGGAAGGAGAAGGGUUGAUUGAACCUCGCCCUCCCGGUCGGUCCGCCAACUACACCAUAGCGGAGGACAAGUUGCUUUGCAAGACGUGGUUGACAAUUGGAAUGGAUCCAACAACCGGUACCGAUCAAACAAGAGAAACAUAUUGGAUGAGGAUGACGGAGUACUUCAACACACACAACACAAGUGGGAACGAGCGAACCAUGCGCUCACUUCGGUCCCGUUGGUCUGGUAACACCGAUUGCCAAAAAUGGGCGGGCGUGCAAGCCAACAUCGAUGUUCUCAAUCCAAGUGGCACUAAUGAGAAUGAUAGGAACUCCAUGGCUCAAGGAUUGUUUAGGGAUGUGGGAAAGAAGAACAAGAAAGGCAACAAGAUUCUUGGCAAGCCAUUCACCUUGCAUCAUUGCUAUGACGUGCUAGGGAAUGAAGAGAAGUGGAAGACGCGCGGCAAGUUGGAUGCGGCAACUAUGGCGGCCAAUGCUACCGGUGAUGCAACAAUCAUCGAUGAUGAUGAUUCAAGUGAUGAAGGGAAGAAGAGAAGCUCCACUCCUCACUCCGUCAACAAUGGGCGGAGGAAUGUGCAUGGUAGGAAGACCGCCAAGGACAUGAAGGGAAAGAAGGCUGGAGAUGAUGACAUUGCCAUGGCUAUGGAAAGGAUUGCAAAUGCAAGGUUGCAAGCAAAUGAAGAUAGAAAGAUGCAACGAAACUUGGAGAAAGAUGCUAUGGAUGCUAUUGAAGCUAGGAGAGCCUCUUUGGAGGAGAGGAUUGCCGCCAACGAGGAGAAGAAGUUGGCUUUGGAGGAGAAGAGUUUUACAAUGACCCAUGUCUCCGCCUACGCCGUCAUACUGGUAAUCAUCCUACUGGGCGCAUCGCUCGCGAGCGCGACCCUGCUGCACGAGCGAGAUGCGUUGAGGACCUUCCUGCAAUCCAGGGCACAUACGCUGGGGAACGGGCUUGUCAAGCCGGACACCUAUGCCGAGCCAUACACAUGGGCCGACCCGGACAGCAGCUUCAAACACCUUCCCACUCACUGCCCGAGCUCGCCGCCGGGCGCCAAGGAUGCUGACAAGAUCGUGGCGCUACCCGGCCAGCCCCCGCGCGUCAACUUCGAUCAGUACUCCGGUUACGUCACGGUGAGCGAAGAGCACGGCCGCGCGCUCUUUUACUACUUCGUCGAAGCCCCCUACGAGGCCUCCUCCAAGCCGCUCGUCCUCUGGCUCAACGGCGGGCCUUGGUGCUCGUCCCUGGGUGUCGGCGCCUUUCAAGAGCUUGGCCCGUUCCGGGUGAACCCCGACGGCAAGACCCUGAGCAGAAACAGGCACGCGUGGAACAACCUGGCAAAUGUGAUCUUCCUGGAGUCGCCGGCGGGCGUGGGGUUCUCGUACUCAAACACGUCGUCGGAAAACAGGGUGAGCGGCGACACGAGGACCGCCGUGGAUGCCUACAUCUUCCUCCUCCACUGGCUUGAGAGGUUCCCCGAGUACAAGGGACGGGACUUCUACAUCGCCGGGGAGAGCUACAGCGGGCACUACGUCCCCCAGCUCGCCACCGUCAUUCUUGCCCUCCAUAAACUAGGCGCCACAAGCAUGAAUCUCAAAGGAAUCUUCGUUGGCAACCCGCUCCUUGAUGACUACAAGAACACAAAAGGGGAGUUCGAGUACUUGUGGAAUCACGGUGAGAUAUCCGACGAGGUGUGGGGCGAGAUCACCGAGCUCUGCAAGUUUGGCCCGUCUGAGAGCGCGGCGUGCAACGAGUCCAUGGCGUCGGUCAAUACCGGUCAAAUCGAUUAUUACAAUAUUUACGCCCCGAUCUGCCUUCCGUCACCAGAUGGUACUCAUUACCCCAGCAGCUACGUACCAGGCUAUGAUCCGUGCAUAGAUUACCAUGUCUCCGACUACUUCAAUAAUCCUGAGGUGCAGAAGGCUAUCCAUGCUCGAACAAACACAAAGUGGAUCCAAUGCAAAGACUUGCCUUGGACCGAUGCCCCAGUUUCGAUGAUGCCAACCAUCGAUUGGCUUGUCGACAAUGGAUUAAGAGUCUGGCUGUACAGUGGCGAUAUGGAUGAUGUGUGCCCGAUUACGGCGACGAGGUACUCUAUCAAGGAUCUUAAUUUUUCCAUCACAAAACCAUGGCAUCCAUGGUACACGCCUGAAAACGAGGUUGGAGGCUAUGCUCAGCAAUAUGACGGAGGAUUCACGUUUGCGUCAGUGCGAGGAGCUGGCCACAUGGUUCCUAGUUUUCAGCCUAAGAGGGCACUUGUCCUUUUCUACUCCUUCUUGAGAGGUGUUCUACCACCUGCGGAUGUUGUCUCGUCUCGCACAGAAAAACGAGACUGGGGUGAUGUGUUUGAACAAGGCAGACAAGCUCAUGAACUAUCGGGGAUUGCCCCGCCCCCCGACAGUUCCAGCCUAAAAUACUCAUUGCUCAUGUCGGGCCUCGCCAUGAGGACCCGACAUGUUGUCAUUGUUUGCUGUUGA